GUGAUUGGCCUCCAGCGAAGCUCCAAUCACUGCUGCACUCAUUUCCACUUCACACUAUGAGCUGGAGACAGCACGACUCGGGCUGGAUCUAGUACCAUUGUGACGAGAUCUACUACCAUCGUGACGGGAUCUACUUCUGUUGAUACACUAAAUGAACUUUUGGGGCCUUUUUGUUUCAUGGGAUGGUAAUGCUGCUUCGGAACGCCGAGACGUUUUGAAUGAGGAUGACCACGCUUGUGAGGAAGGGCCAACAGGUGCGGCGUGUCCUGCUGCUGUUGCUGCAGCCCUGCUUAGUUCUGCAACUCUGCAGUGCCCAGACACAAGGAGUGGUAGUUUGUAGCGGCACCCAAAAUGAUCUGAGCACAACGGGAAAUUCCGAAAUCCAGUAUAACUUGAUGCGGGAGAGGUACACUGGCUGUGAGAUCGUCAUGGGCAACCUUGAGAUCACCAUGAUGGAACACACCAGAGAUUUCUCCUUCCUGCAGUCAAUCAGGGAGGUGACAGGCUACAUACUGUUUGCCAUCAACGAGUUCAGCCGCUUGCCGCUGGACCACCUUCGUGUCAUCAGGGGCACCACCUUGUACGAGGACCAGUAUGCCUUGGCUGUGAUGGUCAACUACCAGAAGGAAGGCCAGCACGGCCUGCAGGAACUGGGCCUUACACACCUCACAGAAAUACUGGAGGGAGGAGUCAAGAUCAUCCAAAAUAAGUACCUGAGCUACGCCCCACAGGUCAUCUGGCAGGAUAUUGUAAAGGACGGGGCAGCGCCUAUUAUAUUGGAGGACAAUGGACCUGAAAAGCCUUGCAGUGAAGCAUGCGAGGACGUUCCAUGUUGGGGUCCCGGAAACGACACAUGUCAGAUCUUGACAAAGACGGUGUGCGCACCCCAGUGCAAUGGCCGCUGUUUUGGCAGGAACCCGAGCGAGUGUUGUCACAAUGAAUGUGCUGGAGGCUGCACUGGACCCCUCGACACUGACUGCUUUGCUUGUCGGAACUUCAACAACUCGGGUUCCUGCGUCCCUCAGUGUCCUCAGACGGUGAUCUACAACAAGCACACCUUCAAACUGGAGCCCAAUCCCGAUGCCAAGUACCAGUAUGGCUCCAUCUGUGUGUCCCAGUGUCCCACAAACUUUGUGGUGGAUGGCAGCUCAUGCGUAAGCAACUGUCCCACCCAUAAAAUGGAGGUGGAGAAAAACGGGGUGAAAAGGUGUGAGCUCUGUGGAGGCCUCUGUCCUAAAGCUUGCCGCGGUACAGGAACUCAGAACCGACAGACGGUGGAUGCUCUGAACAUCGACAGUUUUAUUAACUGCACAAAGAUCCAGGGCAGUCUUCACUUCCUGGUGACCGGGAUCCAUGGUGACGAUUACAACAACAUUCCAGCCCUUGAUCCAGAAAAACUGAAGAUUUUCAACACGGUGCGAGAGAUUACAGACAUCCUCAGUAUCCAGUCGUGGCCUGAAAAUAUGACGGACCUAUCCGUGUUCUCCAAUCUGCAAACCAUUCAAGGCAGAACACUUUACCGAGGCGUGAGCUCGAGAAGGGGCUACUCUCUGCUGGUGAUGAAGAUCCCGUCUUUGACCUCUCUGGGCUUACGAUCGCUUCAAAGGAUAAAUGAUGGAAGCGUCUACAUCACAGGAAACAAGAAGCUAUGCUACCACGACACUGUCAACUGGACACGUAUCUUGACAAGUAGUUCUCGCCCGCAGCGACGCCAGAAGUACAUUGAUAUUAAGGAAAACCGGCCAAGAAAUGAGUGCGUUGAGAUGGGCCACGUUUGCGACACCCUUUGCUCCUCGGAGGGCUGCUGGGGUCCAGGCCCGGAUCAGUGUCUCUCCUGCAAAAACUACAGCAGAGGAGGAACUUGUGUGCCAGAGUGCAUGUUUGUGACAGGGGAGACACGUGAGUUUGCAGAUGCAUCAGGAGAAUGUAUGCCCUGCCACCCUGAGUGUAAAGUCCAGGAGGGAAAGGAGACCUGCAUAGGCCCGGGAGCAGACGAGUGUGUAGCGUGUGCCAACCGACAGGACGGCCCACAUUGUGUCUCCUCAUGUCCGGAGGGUGUGAUGGGAGGUGAGGGGGUCAUCUUUAAGUACCCGAACAAGCAAGGGCGCUGUGAGCCUUGUCACAUCAACUGUACUCAAGGGUGCUUUGGUCCAGGAACUGGAGGCUGUAUUGGGUCUUCCAGAUACAUUUCUGGACAAGCAACCACAGGCAUAGUACUGGGAGUUAUCGCCAUUCUGUUUGCCAGCUUCUCUAUUUUCGUGCUGAGCGUUUUGUACCGCAGAGGGCUCGCCAUCCGCCGCAAACGAGCUAUGAGGAGGUACAUGGCCAGUGGAGAGGGUUUUGAGCCACUGGAUCCUGGUGAGAAGGGGCCCAAAGUCCACGCUCGUAUCUUGAAGUCCACUGAGUUGCGUAAGAUCAAGCUGCUGGGUCACGGCGUGUUUGGAUCAGUUCAUAAGGGCAUUUGGAUCCCUGAAGGAGACACAGUCAAGCUUCCAGUUGCCAUAAAAACGAUUCAUGAUCGCACUGGGCGGCAGACAUUCUUUGAAAUGACAGAUCACAUGAUGGUGAUGGGAAGCUUGGACCACAUCAAUGUAGUCCGGAUCCUCGGUAUCUGUCCCGGCGCCAACCUGCAGCUCAUCACCCAACUCAACAACCAAGGCUCCCUGCUGGAGCACGUCAGGAACAACAAGAACAAGCUCAGUCCCCAGAGGCUCCUCAACUGGUGUGUGCAGAUCGCGAAGGGUAUGUAUUACCUGGAGGAGAACAGGAUGGUCCACAGGAACCUGGCUGCCAGAAAUGUGCUGUUGAAGAAAAACUACACUGUCCAAAUCUCCGACUACGGCAUUGCCGACCUACUGUACCCUGAUGACAAAAAGUAUUUUUACAAUGAAAUCAAGACACCAAUCAAGUGGAUGGCUUUGGAGAGCAUCCUGUUUCGCAGAUACACUCAUCAAAGUGAUGUCUGGAGUUAUGGCGUAACAAUAUGGGAGAUGAUGUCGCACGGAAUGGAGCCGUACUCAACCAUGCGCCCGCAGGAAGUUCCGGAUCUGUUGGAAAAGGGGGAGCGACUAUCCCAGCCCCCUAUUUGCACAAUUGACGUGUACAUGGUAAUGGUCAAGUGUUGGAUGAUUGAUGAGAACGUCCGUCCCACAUUCAAAGAGCUGGCCAAUGAAUUUACCAGAAUGGCGCGAGAUCCUCCUCGCUACCUGGUGAUCAAGGAGGACUGCAGCCAGCCUGAUGGGCCCCCUGAUGAGGUCACCCAACGUAGUGCAGACCUAGAUGACAUGGAGGAUCUUGAAUUUGAGCUGGAGGACCAGGCGGAGCAAAUAUCAAUCGAUGACCUCAACCCGCCCUCCCACUACCUGUCUCCUACGAAGUCGAGGAGCUUCAAUGGUCUCUCCAGGCUGGAUUCUCACAGAGUGGUUCUGGGUUCACCAGGUGGUGCUGGUUAUCUGCCAAUGACAUCAGGUGUUGACAACCCCGGACAGGCUCCGUGGCAGUCACGUUCUCGACUCAACUCUGCUCGCACUGUGUCCGAGAGUUCGGAGGGCGGCGGCACCGCCACCGAACUGGAGAUGAUCGAGGACACAUGUCUGACUGGGAGCCCAAAGCGUGGACGUCAGAGGCAGGACAGCGCCUAUAUGUCGCAGAGAGACAGCUUGUCUGGUGGGCCGCCUGAGACGCCAACCCCAGAGAUGGAUGAAGAGGACCAAAACGGUUAUGUGCUGCCUGGAGACAGCCCGGAAAGAGAAACCUUGCUGAGUCCAUCUCGAGUCAUUCCCAGCGGGAUGGGCAAGUCGCACUCGUCCGGGCUCUUGUACAACCUGAACGACGAGGAAUACGAGUACAUGAACAAGCAGACGCGUCUCUCGCCCCGAAUCAACAGCCACCUCAAGGACAAUGGCCUGUGUCUGAAGCCCAACAAGAAGCGAGCAUCCUCCCUCUCAUCGAAGAUGAUGGCCAGCUCGGGCGAUAUCACGCCAUUCAUCAGGAAUAAUCACAGCUCCAAACAGCUUGAUUCUCAAGAGGUUAAAUAUGAAUACAUGGAUAUCAGGUGUAGUGAGAAGGAUGAUGAUCCUCCGGCCCAUGACCCUCCUCCUCCUCCUCCUCCUCCUCCUCCUCCUCUUCCUCCUCGCAUAACUGUUGGGAUGGCAGAAGAAGAAGAGAAGGAGGAAGAAGAGGAGUACGUGGAAGACAGUAACUAUCAUUACACUAACAGGCAGCCGAAGCUGAGACAAGCCCUUCGGGAGAACAAGGAGCUAAAGAUCCAGGAUAGGGAUGAAGGCAGGGCUUAUGAAUACGAGGACAUGGACUGCUUCACCGCAAUGAAGCCUGCAGACGCAGCAGUGUAUCAGAACAUGCAAACAGGCGGCGAGGGAGAGACAAGUGGCACCACGGCUCGUCAGUUGGGCAUUGACCCUUAUGUAAAAGUGCGAGCUGGAGUUGAUGUCGGAGAUCCUGUAAGUGGAGACCGAUCCUUUGACAAUCCCGACUACUGGCACAGCAGGAUGUUCCUCAAGCCCAAAGCAGUGACCACAUGAAGAAGGCUCAUCCGCUCCCUGCUUAUUUCUAUUGAUGAAGGACUUGACAGAACAUUACAUCGAAAGCUAAAAUGUAGCCCACUUCAACUGAGCGAGAAAUAUUAUUCAUGUACAAUACUGUAUUCAGGAUUACCAGUGGGGCAUUUACAGAUAUUUGAGCAAGCACUGAAGAAAAAAAAAAGAACACAUAACAAGCUAUAUCCAGUAUUUUUGUUUACAAUUUGACAUGAACAAAAUUGUUUUUCUUUGUAUAUUUUCUACUUAAAAUAAAAAGUUUUUAUAUGUUG